AGGCGUGCAAGAUGAAAGUCAUAUGCAUCACAAUCUUGUUUUGUCUCUUCUCCAUGUUAUUAUUAUCAGACGAAAGACAGACUUCUAAAACAGAAGUCCAAUGCAAUUUAACUGAAAAAAAUUAUUCUGUGAUUCCAGCAGAUAUCAAGAAAGAUGUUAUUAUACUUGAUCUCAGUUACAACCAAAUUACACUUAACGUUAAAGACACAAGGGUUCUCCAGAGGUAUUUUUUACUCACUGAGCUCUACUUGAUUCAGAACAAUGUUAGUAUCUUACAUAAUGACAGUUUUGGUAACCUCUCCAAUCUAGAAAUUUUAAAUAUCUGUAGAAACUCCAUCUCUAUUAUUCAACUGGGUGCAUUUGUAGGCUUAAAUAAACUAAAACAGUUGUAUCUCUGCCAAAACAAAAUAUUACAACUGAGUGCUGAUAUAUUUGUACCUCUAAGAAACCUAAGACUUCUGAAUCUGCAAGGCAAUUUCAUAAGCUAUUUUGAUGUACCACAAUUAUUUCAUCUGGAAUUCAUAAUUUUAUAUGGAAACCCCUGGAACUGCUCCUGUAGUCUAUUCAAUUUGCAGAACUGGCUGAACACAUCAAAUGUGACUUUAGAAUAUGAGAAUAUUACCAUGUGUAGACAUCCAGACGACCUGAAAAGCUACAAUAUCAAAACAUUUAAGGCUGAAUGCCACUCAAAAUUUCCUUCACCUAUAACUGAAGAUCUUUAUGUUCAGUCCAUUUGCAAUUCAACAUUUAAUAGCUCUUUGAACAACUUAACAAGAAAUUCAGGACAUGAACCUUUUGGUAAAAGCUGGACUUUUCUCAUUGGCGUUGUUGUCACUGUACUGAUUACUUCACUCCUCAUUUUUAUUGCUAUCAAAUGCCCAAUAUGGUACAAUAUUCUGCUUAGUUACAAUCAUCAUCGCCUGGAAGAGCAUGAAGUAGAAACCCAUGAAGAUGGUUGCACUGGAAAUCCAAGUUAUCUUUCACAGAUACCAGAUAAAAACUCUGAAGAAACUACAGUAAUAUUUGAACAAUUGCAUUCAUUUGUGGUAGAAGAUGAUGGGUAUAUUGAAGACAAAUAUAUAGAUACCCAUGAAUUAUGUGAAGAAAAUUAA